CUCCACUGGAAAACGAUUACAGCUGAAGACGUGGCGGAAAAACCGGAGCGUGGACAAAAAAAAAAAAAAAAAAAAAAAAGAGAGAGAGAGAGAGAGAGAGAGAGAGAGAGAGAGAGAGAGAGAGAGAGAGAGAGAGAGAGAACUUGCGCAAAUUCGUUGACACGACAACAGUUCUGUUUCUCCACGUGGACCCUGUCAUUGACCCAAACACACUCCGGUUUCCGUCUUCUCGGCAGCCUGGGGACGCGCGUGCAGCCGCCGUUGCGCAGUGCAGACUGGGAGGGAAGCGCGAGCAGGGCAGUACGGGACAGAGGUAUUUACAGAUGUGAACCCCUAACCUGCCGGGAUCUACUAUGUUUACUGUCCACACGCUAACUAUGCAGACAGGUGUGCUCAUGGAGUCUCAUGUGUACCACCUGGUCCCAUGUGUUCUGUCGCUGUCCCUAUUCAUACAUCUGUGCCUGGCAGCACCAGGGCUACCUGGAUCAAAUAGAGUGGACUCAAUGGACGGCCAUCCUCCUCCUCCAGCUCUACCCAAUCCCUUUGGCUCUGGAGAAGAGGAGCGCGGAAUGCUGCAGAGUUACAUUCAAUCCACCCUAAAGAACAACCAAGGAGGCCCAGAGAUCAGUUCCUGGGAACAAGAGGUGUUCCUCCUCUUUCAUCUUUAUGAUUAUGAUCGUAGUGGGUUUUUGGAUGGAUUGGAGAUGAUGAAGCUGCUCUCUGAAUAUAACUCCCAUCAUGCACCUGGAGCGGAGGCCAGUGACCAGGUGGUGUCUAUGGUAGAUUUCUUACUCCAGACUCAGGAUCUAAACCAGGAUGGCCUUCUGGACCCUUCUGAGCUGCUCUCUCCAUCAUUAACUCACACAAAGGGCUCAAGCAACAGAAAUGUCCCUUCUCAAGAGCAGGAGGUGGCAGUGAACGACAAGAUGACAAACACAAUUACUGAAGAGGAGAAUGCAACAGCAGUGGAGUACAGAUUGGAUGAAGCUCAUGAAGAGAUUUUGCCUCCAGAGGAAGAAGGAGCACAACAGGAAGAAGAAGAACCUGUAAAGCAAGUAGAUGAACGUAAUGAACAACAAAUCCCAGAAGCCCCUGCAGAAGAACAGGAGCCAGUCCACAAUGUUCCUGUACAUCAAGGACAACCAGAAAUAUAAAUACACAUACAGACACUUGAGAACGCACAACUCUACCAUCCUGGACUCUUGGAAAACUGACUGUUGACUUCUAACUACAAUACAUGAUAACUUCUUAAUCUUCCCCAAAAAUAGUUGUGCUGUGGAUCUGAAAGUUGAGUGUCUGCUACUUCUAGUCUGGAUUGCCAAUCAUGUAGAAGGCUGAUAAAAAGUUAUCAGCUCAGAAUACUUCUGUCAUUGCAAUAAGAUGUGCUUUCUCAGCUGUUCAAGAAUGUCCUGCACUCAGUAUGAGAAUAUUACAUAACAGUAAAAGCCAUCAUUAGAACAGACUUUUCAUUUUCAUUACUUGAAAUAACAAACAAACAAAAUGUAUUGCUUCAGUUGUAUUUAUUUAUCAUAUUCUGGCAUAUCAUGAAUUGCUGGCCACAGGUAUUUGUGUUGAACAGUGUGGAGUCAUCACACAACCACACACUUUAGUUUCUGAAUCAUUGCAUUGUUUUAAUCUGUAUAACUACUCUCAUGAAUAUCCACCAGGUUGUCGCUGUCCAAUUCCUAGCAUGUUUUUGCCUUUAGCUAUUAUGCACAAGGAUAACAAGUUUACUGUUGGAUGUUUAAACUGAUCUGAUUUACAGUCAGCGCAGUGAAACCAGUUGUGCUAAGGCACACUGUUUGUGUGCCAUACAAAUAAAUAAUGUCUUCCUUCAUAUUCUAACACUAUUGCAAUUUCCUUUGGUUUAAGCUAAAUUAAUCUAAAUAAGUAAGAGCCAUUUGCCUCUUCAAAAUGGUUGUCUUUAUACAUGAGGUCAGAAAAACCCACUGAAAUAAUUACAUUAUGUAUUGAUUUGAAAUGUAUUUAAAUGAUUAAAGUUAUUUGAAAAUUUUCUCUUAAAAAAAAAGAAAUGCAUUUGUAGAACUGGAACAAAA